CUCUCUCUUCUUCUUGGGAAGAAGAAUGCCAACUUUAAUGGGAAGAAACUCUUUCAUGAAUCUCUGCUUCUUCACUAAUUUCAGAAAUCGCUCUAUUCCCAUUAUUAACCCUAAACGCCAAGAUCAUCCACGUUCACUCUCAAACGCCAUCGCCACCGCCGCCGCCGAUUCAUCAUCCAUCGUCAAAAACUUCAACUCUCUCUACGACCUCAUUUCAGAUCCGGAUCCCCCCGCCGCCGCCGUCCCCAUCGAUCUUUUUACAUCUUCCGAUUCCCCCACCGCCGCCACUCCCGACCUCUCCGCCGUCCUCGCUUCCCGGCGAUUCUUCUUCUCCUCCCCUGGUCGAUCCAACUCAAUAAUCGAUUCCUUCUCUUCUUCGUCUAUAUCGGACCCAGACGCCGCCUUCGUUGACAGCGGAGGAGGAGUGGCCAUUCCGACGGAUUCACCGGAUCCUUAUCUGGAUUUCCGACGAUCCAUGGAAGAGAUGGUGGAAGCAAGAUGCUUGUACGAUGUUAGUUCUAACUGGGAAUGCUUGCACGAAUUGCUACUCUGUUAUCUGGCUUUAAACCCUAAAAGUACUCAUAAGCUUAUAGUCGGCGCUUUCUCCGAUCUACUUGUCACUCUCAUGGAUUAUCCGGCGAUGAGCAGUGAUCGGAAACGUCUUCACUGAAUUUACAAAUAAAAGGUAUUUGUUUUAAUUAAUUUCCUAGUAUUUUUGUUCAUUUUUGUUUCAAAUCAUGAGGAAAACAGAAAAAAGAGAUUAUCAUCAUUGUGUUUAAUUUUUUCAUGGAUAUUAUUAUUAUUAUUAUUAUUAUCAUACAUGCAAUUUGUUUGUUCU